CUUCCCUCGGAAAGCCCGCGCCUGCAACUUAGAGCUUGGGGCGCUCCAGCCGUUUCCCUGGAGGUGCAGUGUUGGGGACGUGUUUUCUGUGAUACCCGAGAGCGUGUGGCUUUCGUAGUCUUUUUUCAUUUUUUUUUUAGGGGUCACCGAAAGUGAACUUUUUCUUUAGUUUUACGUUCGAAGAUUGAGUGGAAAAGAAAAGGCACAGGCAGUGCAGUUUCCGGAGGACAAGGACGGCGUAGAGCAACCAGGAAGCGGCUGGGCUGGGAGUUGUUCCCGGUUCCCGCUGUGCCGUGGAGACUUCUUCACAGGGUCCCUGCGCCGAGGCCAGGCGCCCUUGGCGAGUCCCGCUCUGAGCGCUAGAACCCGGCUCCGGCCGGCCUUGCCCGAGCUGCCAUGUCUUCCGACUUCGAAGGGUACGAGCAGGACUUCGCAGUGCUCACUGCUGAGAUCACCAGCAAGAUUUCCAGGGUCCCUCGGCUCCCUCCGGAUGAGAAGAAGCAAAUGGUUGCCAAUGUGGAGAAACAGCUUGAAGAGGCCAGAGAACUGCUUGAACAGAUGGAUUUGGAAGUUCGAGAAAUUCCACCCCAAAGUCGAGGAAUGUAUAGCAACAGAAUGAGAAGCUACAAGCAAGAAAUGGGGAAACUGGAAACGGAUUUUAAAAGGUCACGGAUCGCCUACAGUGACGAAGUACGGAAUGAGCUCCUAGGGGAUGCUGGGAAUUCCUCCGAGAACCAGUUGAUAAAAUUACGUGAAGAGAGGGCACAUCUGCUGGAUAACACGGAGAGGCUGGAAAGGUCAUCUCGGAGACUAGAGGCUGGAUACCAGAUAGCAGUGGAGACCGAGCAAAUCGGCCAAGAGAUGUUGGAAAACCUGAGUCAUGACAGAGAAAAGAUACAACGGGCACGUGACCGACUCCGGGAAGCAGAUGCAAACCUGGGGAAGAGCUCCCGGAUUCUGACGGGGAUGUUGCGAAGGUAAGAGCCAGAAUCAUCCAGAACCGUAUCCUGCUCGUCAUCUUGGGGAUCAUCGUGGUCAUCGCCAUCCUGACGGCCAUCACAUUUUUCGUCAGAGGACACUGAUGCAUCUGCUCCCCCUUGAUAAGCAGUGAUCUUGGCUUGUUCCGAGUAAUUAAGACAAAAUGGUCACAUGAAUCAUUCUUUCGUGCUGACAGGCCCCGAGUGACCCUCUGUCUCUCCCUUACCACUGUUGAGCUGAGUGCAGAGAGUGUAAAAGCAUCUUUCUAUUCCUGUCUGCAUGUGGGUUGGUUUCCUUCCUGAGGUUGGUCUUUGCCCAGAUAUGUCAUUUUUUAUAGGUAAAGGUGAAUGCUUAUUUGCCUUUAGGUAACUUCAUCUGCUGUCCAAAAUAGCUUUGGUAACAUCCUUUCUUGCCUUGUGGACAUGCCUGGGGUCACGGUCUGAGAGAGGCCGUGAUGAUUCAGUCACAGUAGCUUCUUUGUGUCACGUACCUCUCUUUACCAGACAGUCCUUCUGUGCUGUCCUUGGAUAAAACGCCAGAAAAAUCAGAGGCCAGAGCCAGUGAGCGGCUCCAGGUCAGCCUCGCCCUUUCCCAGCAUAAUGAGUUCGGCCAUCCUGCCCAUGCAACUUCAUUGCAACAGGGCAGGUUUACUGUCUCUUGUCCAGAGUGACUUGGCCCUUUCCCUGGAUUUUUAUUGCAUACAUAUAUAUGUGUAUGUAUAUUUUGCCCACACACAUGUGUAUGUAUAUUUUGCCCAAGAGGUUUGUUUUUUGGUUUUUGCUGAAGCUGCUCAAUGCCUAUUUUUCCCAACUUUGGUUACUGGCAACAAAUAUUCCCUCGUCUUCCCCAAAAGCCAUUCUCCCCAGAACUUGCUGGCAGCGUGAGAAUUGGCACAGAAGUUAAUUGUGACCACAUCUCCCCUGGCCUGUUCCUGUAUCUUCUCAGUUUUAAUAUGAGCUCAGUCAACAGCAGCCCUCAUAUAAGCAAAAGGCCAGAGAAGGUUCUUGCCACAUCCCGUGCAGUAUGGAAAGAGAGCAUAAGCAGGGUGUGCUGCUGUGACGUGUGCAAUGUGGGAAAAAAAUGGGCGGUACCACUAGGAAAACACAAACAAGCAAGUAAACAGAGACCCUCUGUGGGGAGUGUCCACCAGCCUUUUUCAAAGAAUGAGGAAUUGCAGACAGCUACCCAAGAACCACUCAUUUUUAGAGACAACCAUUUUGCAAAGCCUGCCUCGGUUCUCCAUGCAUUCAAACCUCUAACACACUCCAUCAUUUUCUUCCCUUUCUUUUUGUCUGGGGUAACUGGAAAUUGUGUUCAAAAUUAGUUCAUUUGUGAUCAGGCUUAAAAGUUCCCAAGCUGAGGUCAUUUCCCCUCUAGUCAUGAAGCAAAUGUGUUCUUCUUAAGACUUGGUAGGCUAUUGCAGGGCUGCACGCACGAUUUUUAAUAUAAUUGGCAGCUUUGAAUUCUUGAAAAGCCAACCUGCUCUCUUCAUAAAAAAAUGCUAACCACCUGUGCUCAUGGAAUAAGAUCAUGCUGCAGUUGAUCUCCCACCACACACAUAUACACACACGCUCACACACACACACACACACACACACACACACACAUACACACACACCACUCAGAAGAGAACCAAUAUAGAGUUGAGAAGAAAUACAAAAUCCACCAGAGGACUUGUGCCUGUGGAAACAGGCAGGGCCUAUAUGUGUUCAGAUGAAUUAUUUAUUAUUGUGUAAAUAAAGGUGUAGUCUCAGUUUUGGAAGGAUGGCGUGGGUUUGGGCUGAACAAAGUAGGACAGCAGAGGAGACAGACCGGAAGCUGUGCUGCCUUUCCUGUCAGCUAAAGCUCAGCGAGAACCUUUAAUCCUGAUAACUGAAUUCUGGAGAUCCUAAAUGUAUCAAAGAAACCAUUAAAAAGCAAGGAGACAACCUCAGUUUGCAGUAUUGAUGCUGGUGAAGGAGAUCAAGGCCUCGGUGGCCUCUUUGGAAAUACUGGUUCUCAGUUAAGAGUAGACCUGAGUCCUGAGCUGUCUCUCCCACCUUCCUCCGUCCUCCCAAGUCACAUCUUCCCAAGGCCACCUAAAAUGCAGGCUGAAGCUGAGCACUGGCUCUUGCUGGCCCCUAAGUAGUGCACCGGAACCCGUGUCCAUGCCGAAGCUGAUGAAAUGAGAAGGGAGGGAGGCAUCUGCCACUCAGCUUUCACAGCUCUCCGCCUGGCGCUUGCUUUGCUAUCGCCAGUGAUGUUGGCCCAGCUCAACCGUGGGAGUGGAAAUCUGUGACUACAGCCCUCGGCCUAACAGCUCCAUCACAUCCCCUGGAUAGUGGACACCCCAUUCAGGCCAGGCCCACCAAUGUCCCUGGUCGGCCCUCUGGCCUCCUGAUGUCAUGGGAAGAAGAACAUGGAAGAGCCCUAGGCCAGGGUGAUACCCUCCCUACCUCCCUCCCCACCAUGGAAGGGAGAAAGCACACAGCUCUGAAGCAGGUGUCUCUGUGUGGAAGGUUCUAGGUUCUUAUUAUGUAGACCUUGGUUGUUGAGCAUUUGUGAAAGUCGGGAGCCUUUGUUUAAAAGUGUGUGGGAGGUGGGGGGCGAAAUGACGGCAUGGGGAGGAGGAAGCCCUCACCAUAUAAAAUUCAUGCAGACUAAACAGUUUCUCUGACGGCAUAAAUAAAGCGGAAGCAACCCUGCUCCAGAAUCAAAAGCAAUUUAAUUAAAGUCUCUUAAGUUGUAAAGAGUUUUAAAUGUUUCGUGUUGAAGGCGGAUGCCUACAGAUGCAGCGCGCCUGACGUCAGCGGGCAGGCCUGGGCUGCGGGCAUUUGCGAUUCUCUUUCAGGCUGGCUGGAUUGUCUUAUUUUGGAACCAGCUUGGUGGGGGGUUUGCUUUGCUACUGCCUCUGAGCCCUGAGCUUCAAAGGCUGAAAUUAAUGGUGAACAAAAUUGUGCGGCUCCGGCCGUCCCAUGCGGGGCGAGCCCAUUGAGGGUUAUCAUUAAGUAAAGAAAUAAAGAGGGGGAAAAGCCUGCCUGCUCCAAAAACCUCAUCAGAUAAUGACCUCCGUGAUUGGGUUUUCAUUACCAAACAGCAUCCAGAGAUUACCAACUCGUGGAAGAAGGGAGGAGGGAGAGAAAGGAAGAUGAGCCACUGUCUUUCUCUCCCUCUCCCUCUCUCUCUCUCUCUCUCUCUCUCUCUCUUUUGCACAUCUUUUCUUUAAAACUGUCAGAUCAUUUCAGUAUUUCAAAUCCGAGGAAAACAGCCUGCCUGCUGCUGUAUUUGAAGUUGUAAUGGUGUCAAAAAGUCACGACUGACUGACAGCCGUCAGUCCCAGAGGGGCUCAUUAAAUCAUAAAAACUUGACAAGGAAAUAAUUGCGCACGGCCAGCGACUUGGCGCCUGUUUAGACGGUUUUAUUGUCUUUCAUUAUCAGUCCCCGCCAUUACGUUCAUUAACAAAUUGCAUUAAACAACUGUUAAGGGCUAAUGAUUUGUUUAUCGCUUUUUUUAUUAUUAUUAUUUAAACAUUAGCUGUGUCAUGUGGUACCCCAGCAGCCUCUUGCCAUCAUCUGACUGAAUAUUUUUUCCACUCCGAGCCCUGGGUACUGUUGGAAUAUGAAAUAGAUUAUUCAUUACUC